GGCUUCCAGCCUGCGGCUCCGAGGUCGCACCGGGGAGGCAAGAUGCCGCAGCUGCAGCCCGAACCGCUAAGGCGGGCCGCUGAGCUCCCGAGUCCCUGCCGCAGCAGACGAGCGCAGCGCACGCCCCAGCUCGGGCGGAGCUAGAGGCGGGCGCCGGGCGGGCGUCGCGCCACCGCAGCUCCCCGCCUUCCGCCCCGUGCGCGCCCGGUGCCCUGACCGUGGGUGCCGCUGCAGGCACCUGGGCGAGGCCUCGAGCAUCCCGGCGGCGGCUGCUCGGGCCAGAUCGGCACUCCGGAACCUCUCAGGAGCGCACCCCGCGGCUCCUGCAGCCUGCCUUGGCUCCUCCUCGCCGGGCGAUCCUCUCCCCCACCCGCCUCCGUCCUCUCCCUCCUCCCAUCCCGGAGGAUGCGCUCCCCAGCGCCAAGCGGCAGAGGCCAUGGCUCCCAGAAAUGCGAGCGCCUGAGCCACUUCGCCCCGACCUGCGGAGCCCGCGCCCCCGCCCAGUAGGAAUAUGACUCACUGAUUAAAAAGGACGUUUCCAAAUACUUUGCACUUUUAGCUGUGCAUUAUGGAUACCAAGGAAGAGAAGAAGGAACAGAAGGAACGGAAACAGAGUUAUUUCGCUCGACUAAAAAAGAAAAAACAAGCCAAACAAAAUGCAGAGAUCCUCUCAGCUGCAGCCACAAAGAGUCAUUCCGAGAAGGAUGAUGCUAAUUCAGUCAUUUUGGAACAAGACAAGUCCAAAGUCGCAGGAGAGGGGGACCACAGCACUGAUGAGAAAAAGAAGAGAAAAAAUAAUCAGUUAAAGGAAAUCAGGCGCACAGAGCUGAAGAGAUACUACAAUGUUGAUGACAAUCUAAGCAAAACUCAUGAUAAGAAAGAGAAGAAGAUGGUGGUGCAGAAGCCGCAGGGUACCAUGGAGUACACUGCCGGAAGCCAGGACACCCUCAACUCUGUUGCACUGAAGUUUAACGUCACUCCCAAUAAAUUAGUGGAACUGAAUAAACUCUUCACACACACAAUUGUUCCAGGCCAGGUCCUGUUUGUGCCAGAUGCCAACAUCCCUUCUAGUACCUUACGGCUCUCGUCAUCCACCCCUGGUGCUACAGUCUCCCCAUCAUCAUCAGAUGCAGAGUACGAUAAGUUGCCUGAUGCGGACUUAGCUAGAAAGGCCUUAAAACCCAUCGAGAGGGUCUUAUCAUCCACUUCUGAAGAGGAUGAGCCAGGUGUCGUAAAAUUCCUCAAGAUGAACUGUCGCUACUUCACGGAUGGAAAGGGUGUGGUUGGGGGUGUCAUGAUUGUCACUCCUAACAACAUCAUGUUUGACCCUCAUAAGUCUGAUCCCUUGGUGAUUGAAAACGGGUGUGAAGAAUAUGGUCUCAUCUGCCCCAUGGAAGAGGUGGUCUCCAUUGCCCUGUACAACGACAUUUCCCACAUGAAGAUCAAAGACGCUUUGCCAUCUGACCUACCUCGGGAUCUUUGUCCUCUGUACAGGCCUGGAGAAUGGGAGGACCUGGCUUCAGAGAAGGAUAUCAAUCCCUUCAGUAAAUUCAAGUCUAUCAACAAGGAAAAACGACAGCAGAACGGGGAGAGGACCCUUGCUUUAGAUGCCAAAUCAGUGGGCUCUUCUGAGGAGUCGAUGGAACGCACACGUAAGGAGCCCCCAGACGACUCUGAGUUGUGGAAAUUAAAGAAUCUGGAAUCUUCCAGGGGAACAGCCAGUGAGUCUCCCUCAGUGACUCACCUCAGCAAGGGACCUUCAAGCAUGCUUGCUGCCUUGGAAUCUACAGCCAAAGAAAACUGUCUUUUAGGAGAUGAGGACUUUGUUGACUUGGAAGAACUUUCUUCUCAAUCUGGGAGUGGGAUGGACAAAGGAGAUGCCCAAAAGAAAGAUGUGCCGCAAACAAUCACGUCUGCAAAGAAAGGGCGGCUGUGGCCAGCCCCGGACCUUCUGAGAACAGAGAGUGAUGCUGAGCUGAAGAGGACCCUAGAUUUAGAAACUGGUGAGAAGCAAGAUGAAGCGCCAGAAGUAGACAAACAGUCUGGAUCCCCAGAAAACUGGAGGGAAAGCUCGCUGAAUAUACAUGAAGAUCUAGAUAAAGUUAAACUCAUUGAAUUUUACCUAAAUAAAAACCAAGAAGGGUCACAGCUGUCAGAAAAUGUGCAGAAGUCAGAACCAUGUGAUUGCAAAAGUAUUGACCCAGGAGGAAUAGACAUCACACUUAGUAGCUCCCUUCCCCAAGCAGGUGGUUCCCCACCUGAGGGCAUCAAAGAGCCAGGGACACUCUGGGCAAAGGGGGGAGAAACUCUACCCCCAAAACUAGAUCCUAGUGGAGAAGAAACUGUAAUUAACAAUAAAGAGGCUCUGGAUUCUUUGGAAUCAUCUCUAGACAAGAUCUGUCAAGGUGCACAGAUGGAUAAUAAAUCUGAGAUUCAAUUAUGGCUGCUAAAGAGAAUUCAGGUACCCAUUGAAGAUAUACUUCCCUCAAAAGAAGAAAAGAGUAAGACCCCACCCAUGUUUCUGUGCAUCAAAGUGGGAAAGCCAAUGAGAAAAUCCUUUGCCAGUCACACCACCUCUAUGGUCCAGCAAUACAGCAAGAGAAGAAAGCAGCCUGAAUACUGGUUUGCUGUUCCUCGGGAGAGGGUGGAUCACUUGUACACCUUCUUUGUCCAGUGGUCUCCGGAUGUCUAUGGGAAAGAUGCCAAGGAGCAAGGCUUUGUGGUGGUGGAGAAGGAAGAGCUGAACAUGAUCGACAAUUUCUUCAGUGAGCCGACCACCAAGAGCUGGGAGAUUAUCACAGUUGAGGAGGCAAAACGCAGGAAGAGCACUUGCAGCUACUAUGAGGAGGAGGAAGAAGAGGAAGAGGGACUGCCCAUCCUGCAGCCGCACAGUGCGCUCCUGGAAAACAUGCACAUUGAACAGCUGGCCCGACGCCUUCCCGCCAGGGUCCAAGGCUAUCCAUGGAGACUGGCCUACAGCACAUUAGAGCAUGGAACAAGCUUGAAGACUCUCUACAGGAAGUCAGCCUCUCUAGAUAGUCCCGUUCUUUUGGUCAUCAAAGACAUGGAUAACCAGAUAUUUGGGGCAUAUGCAACUCAUCCCUUCAAGUUCAGUGACCACUAUUACGGCACAGGCGAAACGUUUCUCUACACCUUUAGUCCUAAUUUCAAGGUCUUUAAGUGGAGUGGAGAGAACUCAUAUUUUAUCAAUGGAGACAUAAGUUCUUUAGAACUCGGUGGUGGAGGGGGACGGUUUGGUCUGUGGCUAGAUGCUGAUUUAUAUCAUGGACGCAGCAACUCUUGCAGUACUUUUAAUAAUGAUAUCCUUUCGAAAAAAGAAGACUUCAUAGUUCAGGACCUAGAGGUAUGGACAUUUGAGUGAAAUUCAGGCUGCCUUAAGAUAAAACAUGGAAAAGACUGGAUUAGAUUAGCCCAUCUUUCUGGAAGAUAGGCCCCAGCCCUGGCUGCCUCAUCCCCACAGCAUUGCUUGCUUUCUGCUGUCAUCUCAGAGCGUCCUAACAACGCAGACAGAUUCUGGAAGAUGUCUUUGGAGGGCAGACACUGAAGACAGAAAUCUCAGUCCAGAUUGUAAGACUUUGUACCUCCACUGCUUUCAAACUCACACCAUGAGAAAUCAGAGUGUUUAUAGAUGAUGGGUUGAAUGCGAUUUUUAUUUUUGGUAACUGUGAAAAAAUAAGAUACUGUGGAAAUAUAUACCUGCCUUGUAUAUUUAUCAGCAUAACUUUACCAAAUGUAUACUUACUGUUUGCCAUAGAAAGCUGUAUCUGAUUUAGAGAAAUUGAAAGUAUAUAGCACUUAAAGGGAAUAUCUGAUUUUUUAAAGAAAACUUUUAUUUAUUAUUUUUAGUGUCUUGUCUAAAAUACAUUGAUUUUUUUUUCUUUUAAUGUGUCAAAUCCUAAAAUAAAGAAAUGUAUAUAUUUUGUGCUAUGUUUGGGAAACAAGUCUCUUUUGAUUUGUAUAGUUUUAUAUUCAUUUUUUUUGCCCUGAUUAUUUUAGGGUAAUAUAUCUUUAUUUAUUAAGAGUGUGUGUGUGUAUGUGUGUGUGUGUGUAUGUUUUCAAAAGCUCAUUAAUAAUGUUUUUUGAUCUGACGAUUGUAGACCAGCUUUUCAUUUAGUUUUUAAGGUACUCUCAGAAUACCCUAAGCAUUUGUGUGGAGCAGAAUAUGGCAUCUCUCACAGUUGUAAGUUGAUGUUAAUCAAAACACGGAUCUUUAUGAAUAUGAAUGUACAAGUCCUACUUCUACAAAGAGAAUGUUUGCUUCUUAUGAAAUUGUGUGAAUUGUGUAUUAAUAACAGACACUUAGUUUCUUAGUUUUUUUUCUUUCUUUUUUUACUUUGCAUUGUUUCUUUCCAGGUGUUUACAUUAAUGGUAGCCAUCUGUUUUAAAAAGAAGUGUUUAAUUUGUGCAUUUUUAAUGUCAGAUAAAAGAUAUCAAGUUGGACCAACUUUCUUGGUUUCUGGAAUCGUAUUGGAAAAAGAACAAUUCAAAGAAUUACAUUCAUAUCAUAGUUUAAAAAAAGAAAAUCUAUUUUUUUAAAUAUAAACUCAUUUUUGCUUCACAAGACAUCUUUUAUUUUAAAUAGUAAGAAAUAAAAGCAUUAAGGUUAUUGAUUGCCUCCAUUUUAUGAAAGCCAAAGACUACUGAUGGAAAAAAAAAAAAAGGAAUAGCCAAAGCUGAAAAGUAGUCUAUCACAAAUUAUUUCCCCAGUGAUUUUUUUGAAAGGAAAAUGAGCAAACCCUGUUUACAUAUCUGUUUAUGUUCAGAAUAUUUUCAAGUCUUUCUUCCAUUUUUAGAUUCCUCGUAAGAAAACACUGUCCAGUGGCCUCCCGUCAGGCUGAUGGUUACAUUCACUGCCAUUCCAUGCUAAUUUAAAGGAAUGCUAUAAAGUUUUAAAUCUGUAGACCAUAUACACUUUUCACCCAAGUUCUCCCAUUGAGGACUCUUGCUUUAAAAUACACAAUUUGACUUUGGUCUGCUCACACACAUGAGUUGGCGAGAUCCCAGGAAUGACGUGUGGUGAUUAUGUUCACCGUUUAUACCAUUUGUAACCAUAUGCUGUUAAUGAACAAGACGGUCACGUUGCCUCUAGAUUACUCUUACCUAGUUUAGUCCAUGAUGCUCUACUCGUGAGAGCAUAUCCAGAUGCUGUGUUCACUAUUUAAACAGUAUUGUCUGAACAGGAAUGUGUGACCCUUCAUUAUGGAUAUCAACUACAUGUAAUGCAGUGCUAUUCCAAUAUUUUCAAUAAAGGAAUUUGUGCAUUCAGUGUGCA